AUGGCGACUCUUGAGGUUUUGCAGAUAGUUGAAGAAGGUCUUCUUUCAUCUCCUCACCUUGAUCCUCGAAAAGCUGAGAAUGAAAUAUCCAAAGAUGUGUCCAUUGAGAAGAAGAUCGAUUUCCUCGAGAACUUGACUGGCAAAGUUAGCAACCGUCGUUCUCGGAGAUGGUUAAACGAUCGUUUGCUGAUGGAACUUGUGCCUCGCUUAGAUGCAGAAGAAAUCAGAGGCUUGUUUGCUCCACCACCUUGGGGUAUUGCUAAUAUUAUUGACAGACUAAAUAGGCAGUCUGCCAAAAGGGAAGGUCGUGUUGAUGCUGAUAAGAUGGCUGUAUUGAAUGCAUGGCGUAGAAUAGAUUGCCGAACUAGAGAUGCCCUUCGUCGUAGCUUCCUUAUAGAACUUAUUGAGAGCUAUGAGCAGAGAACCUUGUCAUUUUCAGGCAUGCAUCCGGGUCUUCAUUCAGGAGGGGGAGAUGUUCUCUCAUUACAGGUCCAAGAUCCCUUUCAUAGAUUGUUGCUGCAUGGCGUCUGUGAGUUCUACAACUUGGCCUCAGUGACCGAGUCAAAGUCAAAGGAUGCAGAGUCAUUGAAGAUGACUAAAAUAAGGAAGAAGAAAAUGGCUGUAGAGCCCCCAAAUAUCACCCUUUCCCAUUUUCUGAGAAUGUCCAAGGAAGGCAUUUGGUAG